AUAAUUCACUGUUACAUCACUGCGAUAUCCGGUGUCGCAGGGAGGAGUGUAGAAAUCUCAGUAAACGGUGCAGCAAGUGUACGCAGCAAGUGUACAAACGGAGCUGUCGUUCUUCGCACUUCUUAUACGCUGCAUCGGUCGCCGAGCCGAUGACGUAUUCGGUCGGUUGACGUGCCGAUAAAUCGAGAUUGCCCGCACGUCGCGAGAGAAGCGCAGACGGUUCGAAGACGCAGAGCGUAGUGAGUGUCGUCGAAGCGGUGCGGCGAUCACGGUGCGGCUACGCGGCGGUACCGGAACGCGAGAAAGGUACUUGCGUUGUCUGUUUGCUCUCCAGCUGCAUCACACGCGGUUUCUUUCGUGAAUUCGAGGUGUAAUAAGCGAUUACUUGGUAAAAGAAAAUCGAUAGAAAGAGAAUCGCGAAAAAGCGCAAGCACGAGCGCAACGGGCUUGUAACGUCCGUUCAUUUUGCUUGGCAUUUCACGCGCGUUUUCUCCGCUACAAAGUGAAAAUACGUAUGGGAAUGAGAAAUGGAUUGAAGGAUGCGUGACUGAAGUGAAGCUUAAUAAACAUAGGAGGAAAGGUAGAGAGCAUGAAUGCGUGAUGUUCCGGUGAGCUGAUUGUCAUUCCACAAGAACGGGGUAAAUGGAGAAGCGUCAGAUGCAGCGUGACAGUACAGCAGUCAUUGCGGUCGAAAGAUGGACAGAUAUCGACUAUUGCCUAUGGACUUACCUGCGAUUACCGUCAAUAACAAUAGUAGCAUUAAAGGCAAGGCAUCUUUUGUUCGACGGCUGGCAAUAGGAUUUGUAAUUCUGGCCAUACUCGGCCUUUUAUAUGUACCGGCAUAUCACUCCGCUCAGAGUCCAUUCUUAGGCUUAGGUGAGACUCCAUCCUCUGCUGAACCAUUCGGCAGUUUACGCUCAGCGGCGUCCAUAGCACAGUUGUCUGGGUGGUCAUACAAUACAUCGAGGGAUCUCUGCGUUUAUAUUCACCCGGAAAACACCACGUCGAUUCUCAGUCCUACUGGCAUUUGUUCGCUAUCGACAUAUCUGUUAAUAAUUAUAUGCUCGGCGGUUGCUAAUCAAGAAGCUCGUGCCGCUAUUAGAAGCACCUGGGCCAAUAAAUAUAACUUAGACAAUUUAUACAAUUCUACGGUGAAAGUAGCGUUUUUACUAGGACAAAGCGACAAUGAUACGCUUAAUAAUUUAAUUGCCGAGGAAAGUUUUCAAUACAAUGACAUUAUACAAGAACGUUUCCUUGACACAUACAAUAAUCUGACACUGAAGUCGGUCAUGAUGUUGAAGUGGGUGACGUCAAAUUGCGAUCAGGCUAAGUACCUUAUGAAAACAGACGAUGACAUGUUCGUCAAUGUUCCCUUACUUGUGCAAACAUUACGUUCGCGAACGCAAAGUGAAACUUUAUUGGGUUCGCUCAUUUGCAGCGCCAAACCGAUAUCAGAUCCCAAAAAUAAAUGGUACACACCGAAAUACAUGUACUCGGAGAAGACAUAUCCAAAUUACCUGUCGGGUACAGGAUACGUUAUGAGCAUGGGCGUAGCGUUUAAGUUGUAUCAAACCGCAUUGGUAACACCCCUGUUGCACCUCGAGGACGUCUACAUCACGGGGCUGUGCGCGAAGCGCGCGCGAGUGCGACCCGUCAAUCAUUCCGGAUUCAGCUACAUACCUCGCAAGAUGGAUCCCUGUGUGCUCAGGAACUCCAUCACCACGCACAAGGUGAACGCGUCGAGCAUGUACAUGAUUUGGGUAAAGGUAAACGACACGAGCGUCUCGUGUAACAAUCGUACGACGCGCAUCGAUCGGAAACCGAUCGUUCUGAGCAGAAAUGGCAGGAACGCGGCCGGCUAUUACGUCUUUAAGAGAAAAGCUAUAAACAGGUGUGUUUAGAUUUGUUCCUGACUGUAGUAUUGACUGUUACACGCGUUACGUAUAUACACAUACACGCCAUUCGUUCUUCUUCGUCGAUUUCCGUUAGACGCAAAUUACAAGAAUCGAAUCUAGGUAGAGAAAUGCAAGAAAUGAUCUGAGAGUAGUGAAUCUCUUAUUCUAAUAUCGGGCUGUGUCCAACGACUUUCACUAAUUAUUUUCUUGUCACUAAGAUGAUGAACACUUAAAUUUUGCGUAUAUAUACUCGUACAGCGCAGAAGCUUGCAGCAAUAUUGCACCAACGUUGCUGCAAACUUCUGUCCGCGUCAGUUGACAGUCCAACUGAGUUUAGGGAUAGGCAUCGAUGUGAUUUCAGUAUCAAGUCUUUGUACAAAUAUUUGCAUACUUGAAUUCUUACAGAACCGUAACGCUAGACAUCUUUGAUGACAUGACGAUGUUAGAUCUUACAUAUCAGAUAUAAUCGGAACUUUUGUAAUGUGUUCAUAAUUACACGAUUGUUCUCAGGCUCUGGUGCGACGGAUUUUUUUUCUCAAGUUUUUUCUACACCAUCUCUUGAUGAGUGGUUGCGUUAUGAAUUAAGUUUGACAUUUCAGUUAUGACCACUAAUUUCAAAGCGUUAACGAUUAGUAUGUCUGCAUCGUUAGUUUUGAUGUUUUUAUGUGACAGUACCUUAUUAACGCCCGGCGAAAAAACACGCUUUGACCGCACACGCUAGAUUGGUGAUCUAGAUCAGUGGUGGCGAACCUGGCGACACGCAUGAAAAUUUUUCUGGCACGUCAACGAUUUAGAAUAUCAUUUUAUACACUUUAAAUUAUUCAAAAUUUUUUUAAUUGUUACAAUAUGUACAAGUUAAAUUUUGUUUUACAUGAAAGAAACUAAUCAACAAGUGCAUAGCCCACUGUAGGAACAAGGCCCAGCAGCUAAAAACUUAUCUCAAUAAGAUUCUGCAAAAUAUAAUUAAUUUUCUAUUAAGUUUUAAAAACUGUCCGGCACAUCAACAACUCGAUAAAUAUAUUAUUUGUAAAUUUUUGGCACGCGCACAUAAAAAGGUUCGCCACCACUGAUCUAGAUAGAAGAUCAAAAAAAUGCCAGAGUGGAGUACUGCAAGGAAUUAUUAAGUGGAAGCUGUGGAGUCGUCUGUAUUACCAACGGAAUUGAGGAAUGUAGCACACAGAAUUCUUUUUAUUGGUUGUGCAGAAUAGAAAAUCCUUUUCCACAAAUAAAGUAUACAUAGUAAGAAUGUUCUCGAGAGAGGACUUUAUAAUCAAAAUGGAAAAAAGUUCAAAAAUUGCAUUUUGUUAUCGGCUUGUGACCCAACCUCAUACAUUAAUUUGUCUAACAUGAAAGUUAUGGACUUUGUAUGCACACAAAAUCGCUGUCUGGUAGAGUGGUUACACAAUGAAGGAAUAUGAAAAUGCUUUUAGAAGUGAAUUUAGUGUAAAUAAAAAGAUUUCUGUGCGCUGCAAUUUUGUAUAUACUUUUGUGUAACAUCGUUUCCAAGAGUAAAACAGAGCACAAGAUUAGUUCCUUGAUAUCGUGCAAAAGAAUUUUUCAUUCUGCGCAAUCAAUGAAAAAUCUAUUUAAAAAAUCACUCACUCCGUCGAUGAAAAAUAUCAUAAACGAUACGAUAUUUUUUACAGCUUUUCUCUUCUGAAUUUCAUGACAAAUAUCGUAAACGAUACGAUAUUUUUUAUAGCUUUUUUUCUUCUGAAUUUCAUGACAAAUAUCGUAAACGUUACGAUAUUUUUAUGGAAUUCGGAUCAACAUUGGUCGUUCUUAGAGAGUCCUUGCAGUAUUCCACUCCGUAGUCUUUGUGAUCUUCCGUCUAUCUAGAUCACCAAUCUAGCGUUACGAUUAUGAAACAUGGUGUUUCCAAUAUGAGUCACUCACAAAGCGGCAGAGUGCGGAAUGGCAGAGUCCAGAAGAGUCAAAACUGAAGAAAAUGCGUAUGCAGAAAGACUGAAUCAAGAUAUUGCUCAUCGUUUUCUUCGAUUCGAAAGGAUCGUCCAGAAGGAAUUCAUACCGAAAGAUCAACCGAUGAAUCGAUGAACUGAUUAUUAUUUGAAUGUUCUGUGUUUGUGGAACAGGACUCUUCGAGUUUGGCCUGAAUACCGAGAGCAAGGUUCUUAGUCGCUUCUGCAUCGGCGCACAAAAUCCAAGAUUGUAAGCGAUUUCUUGAUUGGAAAAAGCAUUACAUCUCCCGUAUUUGCUUGAUUUGACUCUAUGUGACUUCUGACUAUCCAAAACUCAAACUCUCCAAAGCUCAAACUGACGAUAAAAGGAAAGUUAUGACACUAUUCAGGACAUGCAAAGGGCUCUGACUGUGGUUUUGAAGGGCUAUUCUGAUAAUGGAAUAUAAUAGUUACUGUUUCGAAAAAUUUUUUAAUCACUUUCAGCAUUAUAUUGACUCAGAAAGAGCGUAUUUAAAAACUAAAACUUUAAAAACUUAAAAACUUUAAAUUACAAAAAAACUAAAAACAAGACAUAAUUAAUUAAUAUCUUGUAUUUUUUUCAGCACCAGAGCUUGAACAAUUCGUGUAUGCAUAUCUUUUUGGAAUAACAUCGGUAUUAUAUUAUCAUUAGAAAUCUCAAACAAAUCUCAAAAACAAAUUUUUGUUAAAGAAAUUAAGUUGAUUGUUCCGUCACAUAGUAUUUUGUAAACGUUGAUGAUGACAUUCUAAAAUCGCAGUAUGUAAAUUUGUAUAUUUAAAUCUAAAAUUAUUAUCACGAAUGGGUAAAACUAAAAACGUUUGCUUUAUUACAUAAAAACGAUUAAAAUAAUUUGAACGCCUAAUAUACACCGCGUUUCAAAUCUAGCACAUCACCUAUUAACGUCUCGCGUCUAUUAAUAGUUCGCUAUCGUGUAUGCGAGGCAUUGAUUUCUUUAUUUCCAUAAACACAAAGAAAGUCUAUCUUUUCGAUAUCAAAAGUUAAAGAAAUGAGCUGAAGUAAUAGAUAGCUGAUGUAGUAGAUAGUUUUUUAAAUAUCCAGUAACAAGUAUGCUAAUAGCAUGUUUUGAGAUUAUUUGAAAACGAAAAUCGUAAUGUAAAAAUAUACAGGCUAUAAUGAUUUUUAAAUGGAAAGCGGUUCAAGUUAAUUAAUUACAUCAUCGAAAAUUUGUAUAGUAAAACUAUGAAUAUCAAUUAAUAAAUUUCGGAGUAUUUAUUAGCCAAUACGCCGUCUAAUUACAGUCUCGACGUUUUAGUGUUUGAAUUUUCGUUUCCAACUGAUCUCAAGAAUAUAUUGUGUAAUUAAAAGGUGGAUCGUUAGGGUUGAGACACUGUAUAAUUAAUAGCUUUCAUUUUUAAAUUAUUUCUUUCUUAUAUUCUUUUGUUGGAUCUGUAUUAACAAAUCGGCAUUUAAUGACGUAAUCUUAUCGUGUGGUAAUAUUAAUAUUAUCGGCAUCUCGAAUAUAUAUACAUAUAUAAAAUAUUAAAAGCAUGGUUUUUAUGGUAUUCACGUUAUACAUUUUGUACAGUAUUUAUAUUUAUACAGUGACAUUUUUUUAUAUAUAUGUAGAUUUAUAGGAGUUGGUGUUUAUUUCGUUUCUUAUAUACAUACAAUUGAAAAAAAUACUGGUAUAUAAACAAUAUUUUUAUAUCUUCAUUAUAUGCAUACAGAUAAAAAUUAUUAUAUUAUUGAAAUUGUUAAAGUUAUUAUUAAAAUAUUAUAUUUCAUUAAUCAUUAAAAUUAAUUACUAAAAUUGAUAAAAUCGUUAAAACCUAUUUAUUGUAUAUCAAUCAAAAUUACAUAUCGGCAUCUAAGUUUUGGUAUCAGUUUCAAUUCCUGCAAUUAAAAUUCUUCGAUGGGCAAUGCAUGUGUUGUUAAAAAACGAUUCGUCCCCUUAUGGAUUAUGAUUUCGCAUAGUGUGCGAUGGAAACAGAAAAUUCGAUCGGUCAACAGUUUAUUGUCAUCAAUGCGAUCGACUUUAUGCAUUUACGGAGAGCAGAGUGACGGACGACGUUCAGACCAACAUAACCGAGAGUUUUUUGUACGGUAAUUUUCUAUUUAAACCAAAGUAGUAUUUAAGGAUACGCUGUCAAUUAGAUCUUUUAUAUGAUUUGUAUCAUCCUUCCCGGCUCUUUGCGUGAAACAGACACAAGACGAUCUAGCGACGAGAGAAUCUCAAACGCGUAAUUGUCAUUCGAGGAACGCAAGUAUUGCUGCGUUACGGAUGAUUUGUUCGAGUCUUAGGCAUAUCGAUUGACAUUUCCUAAUGGCAGCUUAGACGGCAUAUUUAUCUAUCUAACUUAGGUGAUUUUCUGCGAAACGUUUUAUUGUAAUCGAUGCAUCGCGUGCGAUUAGUGAAUGCCGAUAAGCGAAAACAAAAGCUAAAUGCGUAAAAUAAAGAUGCGUACAAAUUUGUUGCAUACCUUUGUAUCGCGCAUUAUAGUAUCGUGAUAUGGACAAAGCGCGUAUCAAAAGAUUAAGUUGUAAAAAUGUAUAAAAUACCUGUGAUUUCAGAGGUUUUUGGGCGCUAACUUUUUAAGGAAGCAUUUUCCGACCUAUGUUUAUAGGAAACUUUUUGUUCAGAAUUAAAUUCCUUAUAAGAUCUCAAAGUCUGGCCGAAACAUUUGGACCCACCCUAUAUAGCUUUCUUAAAUCUUCUGUAGAAUCUUUUCUUGAUGUUUUAUCUAGAGUGGGAAUAAUAAUAAUAAUAAACAUUUACGAAAUGAUACACUUGAGAGACAUUGCAGAUGAGAGUUUGAUUCUGAUACAUAUUCUGUAAAGACUGCUGAAUUAAUCUCUUUGCUUUAUUUUAAUUGGGAGGUUUUAAAAUAUGCGUAGAUGAAGUCGCGACAAGUAAUUGAUUCUAUUGUAGAUACGUAUUACGAAAAUGAUAUGAAACCAUCAGUUAAAAGAAAGCAUACGUUAAUCAUAUACAUAUCAAGAUCAAGGCCAUCAGCAAUGUAAAUCCUUUUUGUAAAUCCUUACCAAAAUAAUAAACAGUUGACAAAAUCUGCUGAUUACCUACAUUCUCUGAGAAGUUUUGCAUAGACAUGUUGCGUCACGCAUGUAACAGGCUGGAUAAUUCACAGCGACACGUAUAAUUCCCGUCGACAGAUACGACUUAAUAAGAAUUUAAUGAGGAAUUUAAUGAUAAGCAAAUUGUCACAUAGCACAUUGUAACGUAUCGCUCAUUUGCAAUGUUUACAAUGCAUUUGCAUUUGUCACGAUAUGAAACAACGGUAUGCAAAGACAAAGGCAUGCAGCAAGUUUGUACGCGUCUUAAAAGAAGAGCAAAGCUGUUUCUUCUUGUAAUAAUCUCUGUAAAGAUAAUCUUCAAACGCCAUUGCUUCUAUGUACUUAUGCGGAAUUAUUUCGGGAUAUAUCGUAAUAUCGAUAUAUUAAUCUGCAUACUGCAGAAUCUCCUAGUAGCUUUACGUUAGAUUUACUUUUGUGUAUGCGUAAAAGUCGGACACAACAAGGUUGCUUCCUUAAUUUAGUAACGUAAGAUUGUUUUCUAUGUAAACGAGAUGAGACAGUGUGUGUCGAUGACGCAAUUUGAGGAGGACUUUGUGUCAUUAAUGAAUAAAAUUAAUCUUUUUUUAAAA